AUGGUCGUCACCAGACGAGCUCCUGUGCCUCCUGCGCCAACUUCGCGCACUCACUCGACGCAGCCGAUCCCACGCGUGAAGGGGACCGCUUAUUCCAAUGUAAUAGAACCUCCAGAUGGGCUCGCCACUCCUGGAAAUGGAGCUGCCAAAGGCGACGUCAAUUUUGAUAGUCAACCAGUGACUGCACAGGAAGCGGGCACACCUUUAGAGAAGAACACCCGAUUUAAGAAAAGGGCUAAGCAGAAAAGCGGAACAAAGAAAUCUUCUAGGGGAUUCACUUUCCGUGGCCUGCUGUCCCGAAUCUUCCUACUGUGUUUCCGUAUCUUCCUACUGUGGUUCUCGUAUCACACGCUCACCGUAUGCCCUCAAGACGAGCACUUGGAGUCGCACGUUUGUCGCGGUCUUUCUGAGUACCGCCGCCUGGUCAUUGGCCCGUACAUUCUACCGCCCAUCCAAUAUGUCUUGGCGCACCCAUCGAUCGCCCCAUACGUGGAGAGAGCCAAGCCUUACACGGAGCGCACAGUCAACAUCGCGAAACCGAUUAUUCAACGUACGGCGCGCGAGUGGCACACUCGUGUGGUCCCUCAAUGGAAGAAGCGCGUUGUUCCCCUCUGGAGGAAACAUGCAGUCCCCCAGGUCCGGCGGCUUGACGCUCAUAUCGUGCCAUAUCGCACGCAUGCCAUCCAGGAGUAUGAGCGCUGGGUGGGCCCCGCUGUGCGCCAGGUAAGUCCCUAUGUCGAGCAGACGGUAUACAACUUGCGUCAGUGGCAGCAGAAGGCACGUCCUUAUGUCGUGCUUGCGGCACACAAAACAUACUACGGGUACCAGCGUGCCGCGCCAUAUGCCCGCCCAGUCUUGGAGCAGAUCAAAUUGUUCCUUGCACAGGUCGUCGCCAUACUGGCAGACCGGCGGCGGCAGUUCGUAGACCCUCACGUGCGGACGAUCUGGGAACGCGUGAAGGAGCUUAGUAGCGGUGGACCAAAAACUCCGGCCGCUGUCGACGUUCGAGACUCUAUCACGUCGCUGGUGUUUGAAGCCACUGGGGAGGCAGCAUCUGUCGCAUCCUCACUGAAUUCCGCACAGACACCAGCUCCGUCUACGACGCUGCUCGCUUCCGACAUAGUUGAGACCACAGCUCUUUCGGUCAUUUCGGACGUUAUAUCAGCAUCAGAGUCUCUCCUGUCCCCUACUGGCGCAGUAUCCCCGACAUCGCUCUCGAUCCAUCAAGCCAAAGAGUCUGCUGCCGCCUCGGGAUUAUCAAGUUCACUCGAAGCUGCCGUCUCGCCCAUCUACAGUGCGGCAUCUGUGCCUGUCUCCUCCCUAUCAUAUGCAGCAUCUUCGUUUAGCGAGGACGCUAUACCUCACGCGUCCUUUGUCGCAUCGUCCCUCGCCGAGAUUGUGUCACAACCCACAGCUAAAACCUUCUCCGGCGGCUCGUCCAUCACAUCACCGACUGCGGGGGAAUUGCUGUCUUCUGCAUCAACUGCCAUUACUCAUGCCUCAGCCUCCGUAUCUGCUUCAGUAGCAUAUGCAAGUUCUGUCUUGGCGGCGGGCGUCUCGUCAGCUGUCGAUCAAGUCGCAUCAGCCGUGACAUCGGCCACCGCUCCUAGUGUCGCGCUCUCCCAAAUGUCGGAGAACGCGGACAUCGAUUUGGACGAAUUCUAUGCGGAGCUCGGGCUUCUGGAUGUGCUUUCGGAGACGAGCUCCCCGAGCGCGGAGCUCACGUCAGCCCCAUCAGUAUCAGUGAAAGCCGAGUCCGAGGAGGAGAAGGCCGAACGGCAGCGCAUACGCGAUGCUCAAACAGCAGAUAGGCGUGCGGACAUUAUGGCGCGUCAUGACAAAUGGGAGGCGGAGCUUGCUGCAUUAAUCGAGACCAAUAAGAAGGCGCUCCGUCGGGCGCUGGUCGCGUCGAGGAAAACAGCGGCCGCGGAACUGAAAGACUCCCCUGAAAUCCGUGCGGAGAUAGAGGGGCUAGUUGAGGAGGCGGAGAAGUUCCUACGGGGUGCUGAGAAAUAUCUGCAGACGCUCAGCAGCGAAGGAAGGACUGAACAGGAGAAGCGUGCUAUGUGGGAGCGGGUUGCAGACAAGGUGGAAGAAAAGUUCACGGACCGACUGGGUCAGACCGAGGCUGUCGUCAACGGGUGGUACAUGCCCAUACUUGACAAGGAACUCACAGAAGUUCGCAAGGUUACACAGCCCGUCAGAGACCUUGCCGACCAGGCCCAGACUGAUAUUGGAAUGGACUAUGCAUAUUUGGACGACGUUACGUAUCAGGACUGGCAACGCUACCACGAUCUCCUGAGGAGAAGUGACAAUUUCACCAACGCGGCGCACGCGAUGCAGAACGGCUCUGAUCAUGCCGCACCGGCCAAUCCUGUCUUGCAAGAGAUUAGCGACAUACAAUCCGAGGUCCAGGAUGUUGUGAUUGGCUUCGAGACGCGCCUUCGCCGCGUCAAACGCAACGGCGAGCGUGUGCUGGGCGAAAACAGCCAGCAAACGGAGGCUAGCAUGGCUACCGACAAGACGGUCUCGAUUUUACCAAUUGAAGACAAGGAGAAGGUUCAAUCACCCGCAGAUAUCAACGUCCCACCCGUCGUCAUCGGGCGGAGCAAGGAAGAGGUCGUGGAGGCCUUGAAUCGUGCAGCGGACCAAGAUGGCCAAUCCAUUUCCCCCCCUGAUGCAACGCGCGCGCCCUCAGACCCUGAUAACGUUGCGCGCAGCCUUGCGGAGGAAGUCGUGGUACAAAGCCAUGCAGACUCUUUGAACCGCGAAGAGCUCUAA